AUGAUCCAGGCACUGCUGAUGUGCUUUGUGCUGUGCGUGGUGUCAGGCAGCAGUAAACCCACUGAGAGAAAGAGUCGGAUCCACGAUGAAGACCCUCUCAGCCGUCUGGAGCAUGACGACAACAAAAACUACGACUACGACCACGAGGCCUUCCUGGGCGAGGAGGAGGCCAGAGCCUUCGAGCAGCUGCCGGCCGAGGAGAGCCGGCGCCGGCUGGGCAUCAUGGUGGAUAAGAUGGACAGUAACACAGACGGGUUUAUCUCUGAGGAGGAGCUGAAGAACUGGAUCCGGAUCUCUCAGAGGAGGCAGAUUGUGGACAGCGUGGAUCAGCAGUGGAAAGACUUCGAUCUAAACCAGGACGACCAGAUCAGCUGGGAGGAGUACAAGAACACCACCUACGGGAGCUACCUGGAGGACCCUCAGACCGACACAGAGUUUAAUUACGUUCACAUGAUGGCGAGGGACGAGCGGCGCUUCAAAGCCGCCGACACCAACGGAGACCUGAUCGCUGACAGGAAGGAGUUCACCGCCUUCCUGCACCCCGAGGACCACAAGCACAUGAAGGACAUCGUGGUGCAGGAAACGAUGGAGGACAUCGAUAAGAACGGAGACGGCUUCAUCGACCUGAAGGAGUACAUCGGAGACAUGUUCACCUCAGAGGACGGCGAGGACGAGCCGGACUGGGUGGCGUCGGAGCGUCAGCAGUUCUCAGAGUUCAGAGACAAGAACGGUGAUGGGAAGAUGGACCAGGAGGAGACUCUGGACUGGAUCCUGCCGUCGGACUACGACCACGCUGAGGCCGAGGCCAAGCACCUUCUGCACGAAUCCGACGCCAACCAGGACGGGAAGCUAACCAGAGACGAGAUCCUGAGUAAGUUUGAGGUGUUCGUCGGCAGUCAGGUGACGGACUUCGGGGAGGCGUUACUGCGACACGACGAGUUCUAGAGGCCAGUCGCAAUACAAACACAAUCAUUUAUUUUUUAAAGCUGGUCAAACUAAAAACGCUGUGGAUUCAUAGAUUUAUAAUGAUAUUUGAUGUUUUAUAAUAUUUCCUUCUCUGGGGAUGUUUAUAUCCAGGUCUCGUUCAGAGUUCAGGUGAUGAGGUCAGAGGAUGUGUAAAUACAGAUAUUUUCUGAUUCAAUAAAGUCUUUCUUCACAUAUAAA